UGGCCGCAGCAGCACCGUCCGAGGCGGCUGCUCGCGUGCUAUUUGCUGCAGUGUGAAUUUUAUUUUUUUUCCUGAUUCCGACCCUGUCUGCUCGGCUAAAUGCGUCUCCAUAUUCAGACUCUAGCCAGAGUGCACCCUGGAUUCCGCUGAUUUAUUUAAAGAGGUGCAAGCGUAAUAAUUUUGCAGAUAGCAGGUCUAGCCUAAUGCACACCCGGAGUGUGAUCUCGCAAGGUCUCUGAUGAGGCCUACAUGUUAAAGCUCUUCCCCCUCCUCCCCUGAAGACUAGCACCGCGAUGGCUGAUGAGCAACAACAACCUGGUCAGCAGCAGAAUCCUAGCACGGGAUUGGGCUCUCUUCCAACGAUAGUACCAGGACUUCAGGGGCCCGACGCCACUGCUCUGCAGUAUAACAAGAUAAAGAAUUCUAUUUGCAAAUCUGUACAAUCAAAAGUUGACAACAUACUGCAAGAUGUUGAGAAGUUUACAGACAUUGAGAAACUCUACCUCUACCUUAAGUUGCCUUCUGGACCCAGCAGUGGCACUGAGAAAAGGAGUGAGAGUCAGAGGGGUUCAGGCAGCCCGGCAUCAUGUGACCAGAACUCCAUGUCAUCCAGUCGUACACAGCAGAUGUAUGCCUUCAACUGGAUCCGGAAUCACCUAGAGGAGCAUCCGGAAACUUCUCUCCCCAAGCAGGAGGUCUACGAUGAGUACAAGAGCUACUGUGACAAUCUGGGCUACCACCCUCUUAGCGCGGCUGACUUUGGCAAGAUCAUGAAGAAUGUCUUUCCCAACAUGAAGGCACGGCGCCUUGGCAUGAGGGGCAAAUCAAAAUAUUGCUACAGUGGCCUGAGGAAGAAGGCCUUCGUGCACAUGCCCUCCCUCCCCAACCUGGACCUGCACAAGUCAGCAGAUGGGCAGUGUGAGCUGCUGGAGCCAGUGGGUACAUCCCCGAGUGCGGAGGAGGAGAUGCGCUCUGCGGCGUGCGGCCUGGUGUGCGAGUGGGCCCAGAAGGUCCUCAGCCGGCACUUCGACAGCGUGGAGGAGCUCGCACGUUUCCUGCUCAACUCGCACUACAUUGGCACCAAGUCUAUGGCUGCACUCACCGUCAUGACCGGCACGCCUACAACAGGUGUAAAGACUCCCACCCCGGCGUCUGCCUUCGUUCCCACGGGGGAUGCCAACCCUUUCCAGCCACAGCUGAAGACGCUUGCAUCCGCCUCUGCCGCGCCAUCCCCCUCUGUUGACGCCAAACAGCAACUGCAGCGCAAAAUCCAGAAGCGACAGCAGGAGCAGAAGCUGCACUCGCCAGUGCCUGGCGGCGGGCCCACCUCCGCCGACCCCCCAAGAAGAGCGGACGCAGGCACUCCCGGGCCCGCAACCACUCUCCCGCCCUCCAGCCCGGCCCUCCUCUCCCCACAACCUACCAUCGGCAUCGUGGUGGCAGCCGUACCCAGCCCAGUCACUGUACAACGAAAUCGGCAGCCGAUGACAUCUCCCAGCCCGGUGAGCGCAGAGGGCAAGAUGCUGCCUGUCAACUUCCAGGUGGUGACGCAGCAGGUGAAACAAUGCCCAAAGACUCCGCAGAACGUCCCCGCGAGCCCCGUGGGCGACCGGCUGGCGCGCCACCGCUACGCCCAGAUCCUGCCCAAGCCCUCCGCCAGCAGCGCCAUCACGCUGCGCUCUCCCCCCACCCUGCUGAUCACCAACAGCCCCAUCAAGACCGUCAUGCCCUCCCCCCACCUGAGCUCCGUCAACGUGGUCAAGAUGACCACCAUCUCUCUGGCGACCAGUGCUGGGGGGACCACCACCCCCACCCCCACCCUCACCCCCACCCCCACCCCCCUCAGACCCGCCUCGGCCCCCCAGGAUGAGCACAAUUCCCUCCACAACACACCCCACAACGGCCCGCUGCCCUCGCCCAGGCCGGGGCCUUCCUCCAGCACCCCCACGCCAGGCGCCUUCUCCUCCUCCUCAGCGGAGGUGAAGGGUGGGACAGAGGGAGUCGUGGAGGAGAAGCCAGGUGGUGUGCGGAGCGAGAGGGCUGCCAAGCACCGCGCCGCUAGUGAGCCCUCGUUGAACCCCAAGCUCACCCCUGUUCCAGAGCGUGUCACCCGGGCCAAGAGCGACUCGGCCGCACCCCCCUCAACCCCCACCAGCAGCAGCAGCCAGGAGGGAAUGCUGUACCUGACCGUGUCCAACCAGAGUGCUUCAGGUGUCGGUACCACCUCCUCCUCCUGGACCACCAUAUCCUCCACCUCCUCCUCCUCCGCCACUACCACCUGCUCCUCCGCCACCUCCCCAAGCACCUCGUCCUCCUCCAGGAGCCCACGCAAACGCUCGUUGUCCCUGCUUGAGACGCAUCACGUUAUACCCGUCAAGCGCGUUUUUAUCUCCCAGCAGCCCCUGGAAGUCCCCGACCCCGCCACCACCAAACCUGCUGCCGCUGCUGCUGCUGCUAAGAAGCCGCUGAGACCCGGCACCCCGGCACGGCCGGAGAGCGCCCCUUGCCGAGUGACAUUGAGGAACAGUGCAGCCGCCGUCACCAUGCAGAUCCUUGCGCUGUCCGACACGCCCAUGAGACUCACCCAGCCGGCCCCCUCCGCUCCCCCCGGGGAACCCCAGAGCCUACUGAGCCAGGCCGAACAGGAGGACGACUCCUCCGCCCCCACAGCAGCUGCAGAUCCUGCCGCUCUUUCCACCGCCGCCGUCACACAGACAGCCCUCCUGCCAAGCGCGGUGACUGCACACCCUCCAGCCCAGUCGGACACUAGCCUAACGGAGUCCGAUGCCAAGAGGGGCCUGUGGGAGGGUCGGGUGGGCAUCACAGCGCUGGCAUCGCAGCUCCCUCUGCAGGCGAGAGCCGCACAUGUAGCGGAGGCACAGGUGGAUGCGGCUGGGCAGCUGGGCCUGCAGCAGGACAUGGAGUUCGGAGGAGUAGCAGGCGGCGCCGCGGCCGCAGCAGCAGCGGUGGCCAUGGACUACUUCCCCUUCGCAGAUGACGACAUGACGCAGGACAGCAUCGUGGAGGAGCUGGUGCAGAUGGAGGAGCAGAUGAAGCUGAGCAGCGGCCUGCAGACUUUCAUGAGCUGCGUGGACCUCGGGCUGCAGGGGGGCGGGGCGCCGGUGGUCACGACCGCCGCGGGUAUUCUCUCCCCCCACCAGUCGGCCUCCUCCGCCUUCUACCACUCGGCGCACAGCAGCGCUACCCCUGUGCACACACCCACCCCGACUCCGACCCCUACGCCCACUCCGACGCCUACCCCGACCUCCGAGAUGCUGCCUGGAGCGCACAGCCUGACGCGGGAGAGCCCCUGCUCGCGUUUGGCUCCCAUUACCCCAGUAGAUGGACUGGUGGGGGGAGGAAGACACACCCCCAUCAGCACCCCCUUGUCCAACUGCAGCAGCAGCGUGCCCCCCAGCCCCGUGGAGUGUCGCAACCCUUUUGCUUUCACACCCAUCAACUCCAGCAUCACCGGCUACCAUGACGGCAGCGUGGUGUCCAGCAGUCCCGUCAAACCCAUGCAGCGUCCCAUGGCCACGCAUCCGGACAAGGUCAAACUGGAGUGGAUCACCAGUCGCUACGGCAACACCGCCUCGGGCAGCUCUUCACCUGCCUCUGCCCUUCUGCCCAGCUACCAGGACCUGGUGGAUGAUCACUUCCGCAAGCCUCACGCCUUUGCUAUUCCCGGACAAGGCUUCCAGGCGCAGGUUCGGCCGCAGGACUCGCCUGGGGCGCGACUGGCCAGUGCCUCUCCGGUGCCUCAGCAGCAGGUGGUGGCCAAGCAGGAUAGCUUUGCCGUCCCCGCUCCGCUGGACGGGAAGCCGGGUGGGGGUUCGAGUGUGGGUGGAAGCAGCACGUUUCGCUGUCGCAGUGUGAGUCCCGCCGUGCGGCAGAGGAACCUCAGCGGAACUACUGCUCCCCCCAGUGCCCCAGCCCGAACUGUGGUGUCGCCCUUCAACUCUCCCCUCACCUGUGAGAUUUUUGGCAUCCUGUCUGGAGCACAGGGCACAGUGGGCACCAGCAGCCUGGCGCAGAGAAGCCAAUCUGUGCCACUCAAUGUGAUGAUGGCCUCGGAGAUGCUGCCGAUCUGUGCGGCGGGGACGCCCGCCAACGCCACCAAAAUCACCAACGUGCUCCUCAGCAAGAUGGAGGCAGACGGAGACGAGGCUGUGCGGGGCCUUGGCGUCAACAACUUGCCCUCCAACUACACAGCGCGCCUCAACCUCACCCAGAUGCUGGAGACUGGCGCUCCCUUACUUUCCGGAGCCAUCGCUACGGCAACCCAGUCGCUUGCCGCAGGCACUGAGUCCAGCCCUGUGGGCUUCGACUUCCAGAAGCCCAUGUACCUCAGGAGUGCCAGGGUUGAGCAGCAGGCAACCUUCUCCUCAGCUGGAGACAGCCAAGCACAAGGAGCCUCCUCCGAACAGUUACAGGAUCAGACACUGCUGCAGGAGCAAAGCCUACUGCAGGAGGAGCAGCUACAAAUACAAGACCAGUCUCUUCUGCAGGACCAGAAUCUACUACAAGACCAGUCUCUUCUGCAGGACCAGAAUUUACUGCAGGACCAGAAUCUACUACAAGAUCAGUCUCUCCUGCAAGACCAGUCUCUUCUGCAAGACCAGUCUCUUCUUCAAGACCAGACUUUGCUGCAGGACCAGGCUCUCCUGCAAGACCAGACCUUGCUGCAGGACCAGCAGCUGCAACUGCAGGAGACCCCUCUGCAGCUUCAGGGCGCUGGGCAACUGGUGGGCGAGGGGGAGGUCAGCCAGGUGCCUGUGGUGGUUGUUGUGCAGCAGGAGGUACAUCAGGAGGCCCAGCUGGACUUCAACAGCACCGUUAAGGACCUGCUCGGGGAGGACGGGCUGAACCCCAGCUCCCAGCUGGUCGGUCAGGUGGCGUCUGAGCUCAACGCUGUCGCCUCUGACUUCUCCAGCGACCUCCGCCUGCCCUCGGACUUGUCUGGCAGUAUUAACGACUUGAAUGCUCUGGACGCCAACCUGCUGUUUGACCCAGGCCAGCAGCAGGACCAGUAUGAGGAAGCUGCUCUGGAGGACCUGAAGAACGACCCUCUUUUCCAGCAGAUCUGCAGCGACUCUGUCAGCUCAGCUGGCUUCGACUGGCUCGAGAACAAGGACCAGCCUACCGUGGAAAUGCUCGGCUAAACUUUUUUUUAUUGCUUUGAGUGUUAUUUAUAAUUUAUUUGUUUGUUUGCUUUACUCUGUGAAGUUUCUCUUGUUAUUGUACUUGUAAAUGUGUCUCACUACAGCAAAAACCUGGACUCCUGCUCUUGCCCAGUGCUAAGUGCCAGUAGGACCCAGAGUGGCCUCUGUCACAGGCCAGCGUUGCCAUCUGGCAUUGCUUCAAGUCUAUUUAUUCAUGAGUAUCUUCUCUCUCUCUCUCUCUCUCUCUCUCUCUCUCUCUCUCUCUCUCUCUCUCUCUCUCUCUCUCUCUCUCUCUCUCUCUCUUUUAAUCUCCCGAAUCAAACCAGAUAAAAUAUGCCAUCUUAAAAACUGUAACUUUAAGGAUAAGGCCACGGCACAGAAUAUUCUGGAUCUCCGCAGUCUGCACUUAUAGAGCCCUAUAAACUUCAAUGGGAGCUUGGCUGCUGAGGUCCCGUUCCCCCCACCACUGUGGUUUGGGACUUGCAAUACACCCCUGUCCUCUUCAAGCUCUAUGCUAUUGGCAAGAAAGACGUCAUAUGCUGUUUUCUGACCGACCAGAAGAGUGCUGUUACCCAUUCCUGCACCAGUUAACAUUUGAAACCAGGUGCUCACCUGUGUACCACCCGCGUUCAUACAGGGCUGUGUACUUUAACGGAUGUGACCGACCAUGUGUUACCCGUCCCGAAUGAACCUGCUAAUGUCUAUGUGGUCGUAUCCGGUCACAUAAGAAAGCAAGUAUUUUUGGGUUUUCAUCAUAAACCACUUUUCCAGUGUCCAAACAUUCAAAUUAUCAGUGUGAACGUGCCAGCCAUUUUGAGAAUAAGUGCAGGAAUGGGAACCAGCACGUUUCUAUGCGGCCAUGAAGACACUAAUUGAGAACACAAUGCCUUUUGGGCCAGUAAUGUCAUGUGUGGACAAAGGGGGCGCUUCUGUUGUCAGGUGAGCUUUUUGACCACAGGUGGAUUUUUGGAACUAUAUAGGUGCUACCAGGUGCUGAUCUAAUGACAAGUUACUCACCUGAAUUAAUCACAGACCCAUAAGCAUUAAGUGGAGAUUCAGUCUUGGAAAGGCCAUAGUAGAUGGACUGUUGACUAAACAUAGAGGACUUUUGUUCUUUCUUUCUGUUAGCUAUUGAUUGUGUUUUGUGAAAUAAUGUGAACUUAAUAUGUGAGGGCAUGGUGCUGGGCAGGACAGCCUUAUGUUUAAAGUCCAAAGCCUUGCAGCACCUGUAGGAAGACUUACCGUGAUGUGAUCCUCCAGGUGUUUUUUUUAAAAAGGGAAGCUUUAGCUUUGGCUCCGCCCAUUCCAGUCCCUGCUCCACUCCACUGUCAGUGUGCAUGCCCACGGGCUCGCUAUCUGCUGUGUGUGUUGAUGCUGUUAGCACUGGCUACGUCAACGCUAACCGUGUUGGUGUACGCACUGUGAGCACCAGUCGUCAUUGCUAGUUCUAUCUGCUGUUAGCGGAAGCUCUGUUAGUGCUAUCUGCUGUUAUUGGUAGCUCUGUUAGUGCUCUCUGCUGGUAGUGAUAGUUGUGUUUGUGCAAGCUCUUUUAGCAUUAAUGUUGCUUGUGCUGUCUGCAGAUAGAGCUGGCUUUGCUCAUGCUAUCUUCUCUCAGUGCUAGGUAUGCUAGUGCUUUCAGAUGUCGGCACCAGUUUGCGAGCGCUGUCUGCUGUUAGUGCUAGCUCUGUUGACCUGUGAACUUUUUAGAAAACUACUGUACUGAGAAGUGCUAUCUGAAUCAACAUCAGGAAGGCACACACACAGAUUGGAUAAUUUGUUAAAUAUCAGUGGUUUGAGGUAAACAUUAAGCUCUACGACAAGAUUUUUAAUAUCAGUGCUGUUAUGGUCGUUUUUAAACAGAAUGAACUUUAAUGAAAUUAAGAACUGAAUAAUUGGUUGUUGAGGGACCCUGAAUUGUGUGAAGUGUCGAGGUCUGAGAAGUUUGGAGAUCAGUAGUUGCCUGUUCAGAUGGCUCCCUUGGUCAGUGCUGGACAGAUUUGUCCAGUAGCAGCCUUACAUCGGUACCAAAGACACGCUGCUGAAGAACAAACAGAGACAGGGGUUGAGACAGGGAAACAAAUUAUUUCUGAUAGCUCCAUGAUUCCUUAGGCCUAGCUAGUUGUGCUUAUCGUUAGUGCUAGCUCAGCUAGUUCUUUCUGCUCCGCUAGACAAAUGCUAUUUGUCGCUAAAGUUAGCUCUUCUAGUUCUGUCUUGUAGCUCUGCAAGUGUUGUCAACUCUUUCCUGGCAGACUGUGUAUGUUGAGGAGGGAGGGGCAGAAACUACACUUCUCUUCUCUUCUUAGGCUCUUAUUUAGAGACACUGGUGACCCAAUGCAGG